AUGAGAGAAGUGUCUUUGUCAAAUUGUGAAAAAGAUUUUUUACAAAAAGUCGUUACUGAGGGCCGUCGUCUAGACGGUAGAAAUUACAAUGAAAGUCGGAAACUUGAUAUUUCUUUCGGCUCAGAGUAUGGAAGUUGUAUUGUUUCUUUAGGAGAAACAAAAGUUUUGGCUCAGGUAUCAUGUGAGGUUGUACAGCCUAAACAGAUAAGACCAAACGAAGGUAUUCUGUAUAUAAAUGUGGAAAUAAGCCCUAUGGCUGCUCCACAAUUUGAAAUAAAUCGCCCAACAGAUCUUACAGUUUAUUUAAAUCGGCUCUUAGAAAAGUGUUAUAAGGAUUCAAAAUGUAUUGAUCUUGAGUCUCUUUGUAUUGUAGUAGAAGAAAAGGUAUGGUCCUUAAGAGUGGAUAUUAAAAUACUUAACCAUGCAGGAAACUUGAUUGAAUGUGCAAGUAUAGCUACUUUGACUUCCUUAGCCCAUUUCAAAAGGCCAGAUGUAACACGUAGUGGUGAUAAAGUUAUUAUACACACCUUAGCAGAAAAAGAUCCUAUCCCAACUGUACUUUAUCAUUAUCCAGUGUGCUUAACUUUUGCAAUUUUCGGGAAUGACAUCCUCUUACUGGACCCAAAUUUUAUUGAGGAGUCUGUAUGUACAAGUAGUACAGAAGAAGGAGGAAAUAGGGGAGGCAUACUUGUUGUUGGAAUGAAUCAGUAUAAAGAGUUAUGUCUGCUGAAUCUAACUGGGGCUGCCAUAUAUAACUCAAACAUUGUGCAUAAAGCAUUACUAAGUGCUUCAGAACGAUGUAAAGAAGUUGUGGAUAUAGUAAAAAAAAUUAUAUUUGAGGAUGACAAUUUGAGGCAAAAGAGGAUAAAGAAAAAUUUCUCUAACAUUAUAACUACAGACCAUAUUCUGUCAUUAACUAAAAGGGAUUUAAGUAUUUGUCUCAAAAAUUAUAGUGUGGAUGAUAUUAAAAAUCAAGAAGAUGAAGAAAUGGAAAAUGACGAAGAUGUUAAACCUGAACCAAGCAAAUAUGAUGUUGUGCCUUCUCUACCACAAACAGCAGAAAUUGUUGCUCAACAAGGUGCCUCAUCCUGGAUAGACAUCUCUUCUGGUUCAGAUGAAGAC